AUGUUGUGGCAAAACAUCUCAUCUAAGCCAUCGGCACAAUCUUUAUUGCCAUCACAAAUGAAAUCUUUUCUGAUGAAUUUGUUGUCAUCGCAUCUGAAGAAUGCAGUUAAGCUGUUCCACUCAGGAAACACAAUGGGAAUUGACUGGUACAAAUUUCUUGCUUGUGAAAAGCAGACGAGAAUUGAAACAAGAAUCAGAAAAAUUUUUUUUGUUGUUUUGCAAAUUCACUUGAAUUGUUUACAAGCUUUGAUGUUGUUUGACCCGUCAGAUUCCGAGAAUCUCAUCAGCCUUAAACAGAUAUCGAUCAUGCAAUUGGACUUCAACAUGAGCAUUCAAAAGAAACAUUAA